ACUUUUAGUCUGUGGAUUUGUUUUGGUUUAAAAGUAAAGAAAUAUUCAUGAUGCAACCACAGAUCCUAGUGCUCAGAGAGGGGACAGAUCAGUCUCAGGGCAAGCCCCAGCUGAUCUCCAACAUCAAUGCCUGUCAGCUGGUGGUCGAUGCUGUGCGUACCACGCUCGGUCCGCGGGGUAUGGACAAGUUGAUUGUGGAUCACAAUGGGAAGGCAGUUAUAUCAAACGAUGGUGCUACUAUUAUGAAGCUUUUGGACAUUGUUCACCCAGCUGCUAAAACAUUGGUCGACAUCGCUAAGUCACAGGAUGCUGAGGUCGGAGAUGGCACCACGUCCGUGGUAAUCCUUGCUGGUGAACUUUUGAAGAGGUUAAAGCCAUUUGUUGAGGAAGGAGUGCACCCCAGGAUCAUUGUCCGGGCUGUCAGGACAGCGGGCAAGUUGGCGGUCGAUAGGGUUAAGGAGCUCGCCGUUAAGAUUGAGAGCAAAUCUCCGGAAGAGCAAAGGGAACUCCUCCGCAAGUGUGCAGCGACGGCCAUGUCCUCAAAACUGAUCCAUCAGCAGAAGGAUCUCUUCUCCAAGAUGGUGGUUGACGCUGUUCUGUCAUUGGACACUCCACUGCUGCCCUUGGAUAUGAUAGGAAUCAAGAAAGUGUCAGGAGGUGCGCUAGAAGAUUCCUUCCUGGUCGCCGGAGUGGCUUUCAAGAAGACCUUCUCGUACGCUGGCUUCGAGAUGCAACCGAAGACGUACAAGGACUGCAAGAUUGCGUUGCUCAAUAUCGAGUUGGAGCUUAAAGCUGAGAGGGAUAACGCUGAAGUCCGUGUAGACAAUGUCAAGGAGUACCAGAAGGUGGUAGACGCCGAGUGGACGAUUCUGUACGACAAGCUGGCUGCGUUGCAUGCCAGCGGGGCUCAGGUCGUGCUCAGUAAAUUGCCAAUUGGCGACGUUGCUACGCAGUACUUUGCUGACCGCGACAUGUUCUGCGCGGGCCGCGUGACCGAAGAAGACCUGCGGCGCACGCAGCGCGCCUGCGGCGGCGCCGUGCUGAGCUCCGUGCGCGACCUGGCGCCCGCCGCGCUCGGCGCCUGCGCGCACUUCGAGGAGCGCCAGGUGGGCGGCGAGCGCUACAACUUCUUUACCGGAUGUCCCGCUGCCAAAACCUGCACGUUGAUCCUCCGUGGUGGUGCGGAACAGUUCCUCGAGGAGACGGAGCGGUCCCUCCACGAUGCGAUCAUGAUCGUCAGGCGUACCAUCAAGAACGAUGCUGUCGUUGCUGGCGGUGGCGCCAUCGACAUGGAGAUAUCGAAGCACCUGAGAGACCACUCCAAGAGUAUCGCCGGCAAGGAGCAGUUGCUACUGGGCGCGGUGGCGCGCGCCUUCGAGGCCAUUCCGCGCCAGCUGUGCGACAACGCGGGCUUCGACGCCACCAACCUGCUCAACAAGCUGCGCCAGAAGCACCACCAGGGUGAAACGUGGUACGGUGUGGACAUCCAGAAGGAAGAUAUAGCUGAUAACUUCGUGUCCUGUGUCUGGGAACCGGCGGUGGUCAAGAUCAAUGCUAUCACGGCUGCCUGUGAAGCCGCUGGACAGAUCCUCUCAAUCGAUGAAACAAUCAAGAAUGUCAAAGGAGGUGGUGACAUGCCAGCUCCGGGACGUGGCAUGGGUCGACCUCGCAUGGGAUAG